UAUUCAAGUGGGUAGUGUGGAAAAGCUAUUUAUCCACCACCCUCUCUCUCUCCAUACCAAACAAUUCUUUCUAUUUUUUCUUUACUUUUUGUUGUUGUAAAAAGUAACUUUUAGGCACUACAAAUUAACACCAUCUCCCUCUCCUUAUCCCUCAAAUCCAUCUCCAAAGCCUCUCCUACUUCUCUCUCUCUCUCUCUCUCUCUCUCUCUCUCUCUCUCUCUCUCUCUCUCUCUCUCUCUCUCUCUCUCUCUCUCUCUCUCUCUCUCUCUGCUUCCUUGUUUUCAUAUAACAACAAAAACUCUUACAAAAAUCUUCUUACAAAACUCUUAAGCCAUGGCAACUGUUGUAUACCAAGGGUUUCAGUCUCAUUUUGAGUCUCAACACUUUGAGCCAAGAGCUCUAAGACUUAGACUCUCUUCUCCCAACAAUUUUCACUCAUCCACACCUCUCAAAUCCCAUUUCCUAGACUCAUCCAUCACUCCACAAGACAAUAUUUCUACCACUAAAGCUACCUCUAAGACAGAAAGUUGGAGCUUCCUCGAGUCCAUCUCAAACUCGAGCUCUGAUGACAAAGACAAGAAGACAUUAUUACCACCCUACGUUCAUACUCCAUCUUCUCGUAGAACUCUCAGUGAUGAGAGCUUAGCAUUGUGCACUGAAAGCCUCGGUAGCGAGACGGGCUCUGAUGUCAGUAACGAUCAAGAUUUGUUCUCGGUUACAUCCGAGUUACAAACCACUGAAACUAGAACAACGACAACGAGAACAUCACGACAAGCUAGGAAGAGGAACAUGAUGGCUUCUCUUCCACCUCCUUUGACGAGUAUGAGAGGUCUUAAUGGCAUUCAAGUCAAGUCUCACCGUGAGAAUGGAAGAUUGGUAAUGACGGCCAUGAAACCUCUGCCCCGCAAUAGAUGCUUACAGGACCGAAGUAAUGGCUGCGUCCGACUAGCCAUCUUGAUUGAUUCUAAUGGCCAUAUAGAGACAGAGACCAGAGAAGGAGAAGAAGAAACAGUUGAGAUAAUGAGAGAGAGCGAAGAAGAGAUUCCACAAUACGAGGAAGAAGAAGAAGUUGAAGUGAAGGUUAUCAAGAACACUCAAAGAUCAAAUAGGUGUCAUGAAGGUGAUCUAGAAAACAAAGGAUUUCUAAAUUGGGAAUCUUUCUGUGUUGCCACUUCCUAAUUAAAGAAUUUUUCUGAACUCCCUGUGAUCACAGUUUCACAAACUUUUUCUAAUGCAUUGUGUUUUUGUUUUUGUAUAAUUAACAACCUUUUUUAUCACUCUCUAUGUUUAGAGAUGGUAUUAAAUACUGGUUUACCGACAGAAGGCCUUGAUUGUUAAUUUUAUUUUGUCAACGACCUUGGUUACUGAUUUAAUAUGUAACUAUUUGAGGUUGUUUUACAGUAUGUUAAUAUAUGGUGUUCAUAUUAAAAAAAUGGUUUGUCAACUAA